UACUACUAUCUACUAUUAAGUGUACAAUACCACCUUUACCCAACACCGUUGGACGAAUGCGCGCAGUGGCAACAGAACCGACCAUGGCGGCGGCGGUCGAUACGGUUUUCGAAUAUGUCAUGAUCAACUAUCGAUGGGUGUUUGUGUGUUUGUUUUUGUUGCCCUGCACCGUGCUGGGUAAACUAUGGUCAGUGUGGGAAAUGCGAACAGGAGCGGUGUACACCGACGGAGACCGACACCGAGAAAACGUUAAGAAAAUUCAGCGCCGGAUCCGUCUGAGAAACGAAAAGGACCCGAACCGGAUGAUGUGUACGGCGAAACCUAGUUGGAAGAGCGUGUCGUUGGCUGACAUCUUAUACAAAAAACACAUGCACAACGUUGACGUUCACUUGGACGCCAUAAUUGCAAUAGAUACCGAAUCCCAAACAGUUCGAGUGGAACCUGGCAUUACCUUCGGUCGGUUGGUUCCAGCGCUGAUCCAGUCCGGAUGGACACUUCCCAUCGUGGUCGACUUAAAAGAAUUAACCGUCGGCGGCCUCGUCAUGGGAACCGGAUUGGAAUCUUCGUCGCACAAAUACGGACUGUUUUACGAGCUAUGCACGCGCUACGAACUGAUUACUUGCGAUGGAAACGUGAUGACUUGCUCGAAGACGGAGAACGCGCAGGCGUUCGAGUGUUUGCCGUGUUCGUACGGGACGUUGGGUUUCCUGACGGCGGUCGACCUGAAGAUAAUGCCGGCGAAAAAGUACGUGGCACUCGAGUACAGCCCGGUGGUCGGGCCGGCCGAACGAAUGGAAUCCGCUCUGAGGCUCGAGGUCAACGGCAACAACGAAUUUGUCGAGCUGAUCGUGUUCAGCCAAAGUCACGGAGUACUGGUGACCGGACGGUUGACCGACGGCGAAGACAACACGGCGACAACAGUCAACGAAAUCGGUCGGUUCUACAAGCCGUGGUUUUUCAAACACGUGCAGACGUUUCUCGAAGCCGAUCGUCACGCCGAAGAACUCGUCCCGCUGGCCGACUAUUACUUCAGGCAUAACAAUUCGCUUUUUUGGGAGAUACAGGAUAUAAUACCGUUCGGCAACAACGCGGUGUUCCGGUAUUUCUUGGGGUGGUUGAUGCCGCCGAAAAUAGCUUUGCUCAAACUCACCCAGACCGCUAUAGUCAAGCGGCUGUACGACAAGUAUCAUUUCGUCGACGACUUCAUACUGCCGCUGUCCGGUUUGGCCGAAUCCCUCGGACAAUUCCAUCGGACUCUGAACAUAUAUCCAAUUUGGGUGUGUCCGGUCGUGUUGCGUUCCGGUCGGGGACUGAUGCAUUCGCCCUCGGCCCAAGACGAAAUGUACGUGGACGUAGGCCUGUACGGUGAACCCAAAGUGUCCGGCUACAAUUGCAAAGCCACCGGCACGCGAUUGGAACACUUUGUGCUCAAACUCAAAGGAUUCAAAAUGUUGUACACCGGCACUCACUUGACGUCGGACGAAUUCAAAUCCAUGUUCGACCACGGUCUCUACGACAAGAUCAGGCGACAGCUUCGGUGCGAAUUCAACUUGCCGGAAAUCUACAAUAAAGUAAACAAGUCGGCUAGAAAAUAACAAAAAAAAAUCAUCGUUUUAGCGUGACUAAAAAAAGCUGUACCCGUUGCUUUAACAUAAUGUUUUUAUUAUUAUUUUUAUAUAAUAUUUAUUUUUCCGUUAGCACCUCUACGUAGAUCAGCGUUCGCUUAGCGCUGCCAUUGUUAGGCCAAAAACGCAAAAAAAAGUCAUAGCUAUUUAUCCCCCUCCCCCCACCAAAAAAAAAGAGGAAAAAUAACACUUAGACAUUAUGUGACACGAUGCCCAGAAGUGUGUAUUAAAAAUAAUACAUUAUUCCCUACCGCCUACAUACCCACCCGUCAGAAGAUUUAUAAACACACAAACUAGUACAAUAUGAUCAAUUCAUGUAGGUAAACCUUAUAUUAUUAUUAUUUUUUUUUUUUAAAAUCAUCAUUACUUACAAAAUUUCAGUAUAUAAAAAUUUUACAUGAUUAUCUAUCUCUUUUAAGCUAAAAGCUUGUGUUAGAGAUAGAGAGUUAUGGAACUUAACUGAAAUUUAAGUGCAUAUAUAGCAAAUUAACAACAACAAAAAAAGAGAAACAAGAAUAUACAAAUAAUAAACAAUUUAAACACAGCAAUAGAAGCUAAGAUUAAAAUAUUUUAACUUACUAGGGAGAACAACCAAUUAUAUACUAAUUUUUUUAGCAUUA